GAAUUAGAACAACUCGAAAGUGCAGAUAGUAGUAGAAUGAAACGCGCACGUGGAGAUGAAGAUAGCCGCGAAUCAUCCGAUUUAGAGAUGACUGAUCGUACGCGAUCCAUAGAAGAAGCGCGUUUAAGAAGAACCCCAGAAUCGUCAGAAAGGCGAAGAGAUCAUGGAAGAAAAAGUCCAUCUCCUCGUCCUCGAGGACCUUAUGAUCCAUAUGGUCAUUAUGAUCAUGCCGCCAUAUAUGGGCAUGGAUAUCCAUUGCAUAGACCCCAUCCAUGGCAUGACCGUCCAGAAUACAUGGGUGAUCCGCGUUACCCCCCUUAUUAUGAUCCAUAUGAUAGAAGAUAUGGUUAUCAUCCUUAUUAUUACCCACCUCCAUUGCCAGAUGGUUCAGAUCAUCAUCGUUAUCCAUAUCCUCCACCUUCAUAUGGCAGGCCUCCAAUGUAUCCAGGUCAACCGGGAUAUUAUGAUCCACCGAGAAUGCCACACCCUUCAGGCGAAACUUCAGGAGCUGUAAGGCCUUAUGGGUACGAUCCAUCAAAUCCAUAUUCUCCACGUCCAUGGCCUCACUAUAGUGAUCGUACACCGGCAAGUCAUAUCACUGAACCAUUGCCUUCUCCUUGUCGUGGAAGUGGGCCUCCAGUACCUCUGCAUGGUCCUCCAAUGUAUCCAUAUCCUGAUUAUUAUCCUUUAUAUCCACCUCCACCCAUGAGUCAUCUUCCUCCCCCUCCGAAACAGGAUUAUGGAUCAAAUAAUUCAACUUCAAGUCAACAUAGUCAGAACCCUUCAAAAAUUCCUAUUCAAGAUCUCUUAUCUUCUGAGCAACAUCACUCACAAGCUAAUACCGAGCGUGGUGUUGCUGGCGUUCCACCAUCUCGUAUGUAUGGAGCUCCCCCAUCUGCCUUUGCCCAUUAUUAUCCUCAUCCAAGUCGUCCACAUGAAUAUCCACCACGACAUGAUCUUUAUGGCCACCCCCGAUACCAACAUGAAAUUGGGUACCCGUCCCAUGAAGGUUAUGGACAAAGCGUUGCCGUUAGCUCAAGUUCUACUAGUGCUAAAGCUAUGCACCCUCCUCCAGCAUCACAAUCACAGGACUCUACACGCUCAUCAUCAAUUACUUCAACUCAAGCAACAACGCCAUCAUCUUCCUCUUAUAACACCGGACCCAUAGUUCCAGCAGUAUCCUUACCUUCAUUGGCACCUAUAAAUGUUUCCAAUCAAUACACAAAUAGCUCUUCUAGUGGUCAAACUCAUCCAUCAUAUCCUACUUCUUCUACGCAUUCUUCUACAUCACAACAAAAAUCUCCGAAGCGGAAUACGUUUCUAAUGCUUAACAAAAAAGUUACAAACACAGCAAUAGCCCGUCACUCUACUCCCCCUCCGCCUUCCUCACCUCCACAUCAAAAUACAGAUGCUCCAAAGGUUAAUCGAGUAAAUGAGGAGGUUUUUUCAAUUACUGACAAAAAUUAUGAAUA